AUGAACAGCCAAUACAUGCGCCAUGAAGUGCGGGGUUGUGAAACCAGUGACCUGAGGAACUUCUGGGAAAAGACCAUUGAACAACAAACUCAGUAUCUGCAAAAUGAAAAAGAACGUCAGCGAAGAAGUGCUCUGACAAAGCUCAGAAAUGAAUGGAUGGAGAGGCUGGAAAAACGGAUAAAGAUGUUGAGGACCCAAUCUGAAGACCCACCCAGCUGA